GCCGGGGACAUGUCUAACCCCGGAGGCCGGAGGAACGGGCCCGUCAAGCUGCGCCUGACAGUACUCUGUGCAAAAAACUUGGUGAAAAAGGAUUUUUUCCGACUUCCUGAUCCAUUUGCUAAGGUGGUGGUUGAUGGAUCUGGGCAGUGCCAUUCUACAGAUACUGUGAAGAAUACACUCGAUCCAAAGUGGAAUCAACAUUACGACCUGUACAUUGGAAAGUCAGAUUCUGUUACCAUCAGUGUGUGGAAUCACAAAAAGAUCCAUAAAAAGCAAGGUGCUGGAUUUCUUGGUUGUGUUCGUCUUCUUUCCAAUGCCAUCAACCGCCUCAAAGACACUGGUUAUCAGAGGUUGGAUCUAUGCAAACUUGGGCCAAAUGACAAUGAUACAGUUAGAGGACAGAUAGUAGUAAGUCUCCAGUCCAGAGAUCGAAUAGGCACAGGAGGACAAGUUGUGGACUGCAGUCGUUUGUUUGAUAAUGAUUUACCAGAUGGUUGGGAAGAAAGGCGAACUGCCUCUGGAAGAAUCCAGUAUCUAAACCACAUAACAAGAACUACACAGUGGGAACGCCCAACACGACCGGCAUCAGAAUAUUCUAGUCCCGGCAGACCUCUCAGCUGCUUUGUUGAUGAGAACACUCCCAUUAGUGGAACAAAUGGUGCAACAUGCGGACAGUCUUCAGAUCCCAGACUGGCAGAGAGGAGAGUCAGGUCACAACGACAUAGAAAUUACAUGAGCAGGACACAUUUACACACUCCUCCAGACCUUCCUGAAGGCUACGAACAGAGGACAACACAGCAAGGUCAAGUGUAUUUCUUACAUACUCAGACUGGUGUAAGCACAUGGCAUGAUCCCAGAGUGCCUAGAGAUCUUAGCAACAUCAAUUGUGAAGAGCUUGGUCCACUGCCUCCUGGCUGGGAGAUCCGUAAUACAGCAACAGGCAGAGUUUAUUUCGUUGACCAUAACAACAGAACAACACAGUUCACAGAUCCUCGGCUCUCUGCUAACUUGCAUUUAGUUUUGAACCGGCAAAACCAAUUAAAAGACCAACAGCAACAGCAAGUGGUAUCAUUAUGUCCUGAUGACACCGAGUGUCUGACAGUCCCGAGGUAUAAGAGAGACCUGGUUCAGAAACUCAAAAUCUUGCGGCAAGAACUUUCCCAGCAACAGCCUCAGGCUGGCCACUGCCGCAUUGAGGUUUCCAGGGAAGAAAUUUUUGAGGAAUCAUAUAGACAGGUCAUGAAAAUGAGACCAAAAGACCUGUGGAAGCGGCUAAUGAUAAAAUUUCGUGGAGAAGAAGGCCUUGAUUAUGGAGGGGUUGCCAGGGAAUGGUUGUAUCUCUUGUCCCAUGAAAUGUUGAAUCCAUACUAUGGCCUUUUCCAGUAUUCAAGGGAUGAUAUCUAUACAUUGCAGAUCAAUCCCGAUUCUGCAGUUAAUCCGGAACAUUUGUCCUAUUUCCACUUCGUUGGCCGGAUAAUGGGAAUGGCUGUGUUUCAUGGACAUUAUAUCGAUGGUGGUUUUACAUUGCCUUUUUAUAAACAGUUGCUUGGGAAGUCAAUUACUUUGGAUGACAUGGAAUUAGUUGAUCCAGAUCUUCAUAACAGUUUAGUGUGGAUACUUGAGAAUGAUAUUACAGGUGUCUUGGACCAUACAUUCUGUGUUGAACAUAAUGCAUAUGGUGAAAUCAUUCAGCAUGAACUUAAACCAAAUGGCAAAAGUAUCCCUGUAACUGAAGAAAAUAAGAAAGAAUAUGUCAGGCUCUAUGUGAACUGGAGAUUUUUACGAGGCAUCGAGGCUCAGUUUCUAGCUCUGCAGAAAGGCUUCAAUGAAGUAAUCCCACAGCAUCUGCUAAAGACAUUUGAUGAAAAGGAGUUAGAGCUCAUUAUUUGUGGACUUGGGAAGAUAGAUGUUAAUGACUGGAAGGUAAACACCCGAUUAAAACACUGUACACCAGACAGCAAUGUGGUGAAGUGGUUCUGGAAAGCUGUGGAGUUUUUUGAUGAAGAGCGACGAGCACGGUUACUUCAGUUUGUGACGGGGUCGUCUAGAGUGCCUCUGCAGGGCUUCAAAGCUUUACAAGGUGCAGCAGGCCCACGACUCUUCACAAUACACCAGAUCGAUGCCUGCACCAACAACCUGCCAAAAGCUCACACGUGCUUCAAUAGAAUUGACAUUCCACCCUAUGAAAACUAUGAAAAGCUGUAUGAAAAGCUGCUAACAGCCAUCGAAGAAACAUGUGGGUUUGCUGUGGAAUGAUUCAAGUCAAGGAUUAACCCAGGACUCUAUUUAUGCCCUUGACCGACAGCCUCUUUUCAGCAAAGCGUUAAGGAAUGCUGAAAUACAGACAUACUUCCCUCCCUCCUUUUUUUUUUUUUAAUUUUAGGACACUGUGAGGGGAAAGGACAAUUUUGAAAUUCCUUUUCAAGGAAAAAAGGGUCUUUAUGCUUUGCCAUGAGGCCACAUUCAGCUGCUAUUUAAAAUUAAUAUCUUGAACCUAAAGAAUGCUGACUUUUCCUACAUUUCCAGAGUUAGGCAGUAUUCGACACUUACAGACUACUACGAUUUUUAUCAAGGUAAUCUAUUCAGAUCGCUUCACAGAUUUCAUGGCUCUGAAACAGCAAGACAGCUUCAGCAGUCGGUACAAGUCACAUUUCAAUUUGAUUGAACACAUGAUUUUGAACAGCUCCUGUACUUUGCUCUUUGUAAAAAAAUAAAAUAAAAUUAUUUUGGAUUAUUCUAACUUUGUAAAAAAAUUGGUUAAAAGAAUCAUUAUCUUUUUAAAAAGUAAGCCACCUACAUGUUUAAUUAACAUUUUCUUAUAGCAAAGCAUUCUAUUUUGCAUUCUGUGUUUCACUCUAGUACACGUGAAUCUUUUUUGUACUUUUCAAACAUGGGUUUCCUGGAAUACAGAUAUAUAAAUUUGGUUGUCAGAUUCCUAAAGCAACCAUUUAGUCUAAGCUUAGUCAUUUAUUUGAUAAAGUAAGAUGUGUUCAGGAGCUCCCUGUUUAAAAGACUUUAAAAACCCCAUAAAACCUAAUGUUUUAUCUGGAACCAGUAUAAUCAGUUAUUUGGGAUUUUUCAUCAUAAAUGGAAAUAAUGAAUUUUGAUAGCUCCUGAGAUCAUCUGGAUGGUUUGGAAUUUUUAUUCUCUUGCUGGAUCAGCUUCUCUUUGCUACGUACUAGUUCUAUAAACCAAAGCCGCCUAUGACUAGUGCACCUAAUUGAUAUCUUAAUUAUAGUGUAAGUUUCUAUCAAGAAAAUUGUCCUGAUUCUUUGUUUUAGCUACUCAUCACAUUUAACAGCUCAAAUGGAAAAAUUUGCUAAAGCUUAAUUAGCAGACUUAGAAAGUCCUGCUUUUACAUAACAAAAUGAAGUGGUGGUGGUAUUGGAGGGGAUGUGGGAAUGUGAUUAUUAAUGAAUCAAUGAUUCAAACUCUAAAAGAGUUAAUUUAGGAAGUUAGGGGUCCCGCGUCC